AUGGAACGAUUCAAUCCCACGAUCCAAGUCGACGAGGAUGUGGAAAAUAACAAGAGGGACGGCAAAGAUGGCGACGAGCAGCUGCAAAGCGGCGACGAGAGGCAUGCCAGCAGCGCAUGGGGUCGCCUCUUCCGUACAGCCGAGAACGAACGGGCCCCGUCUCGCACCCGUCGAAAAGCCAGCGUUGCGGCCGACACCUCUUCGUUCGAGCUCCAACGCCAAGAGAGCGUAGAGAGCACGGAUAGCCUGGCGCCAGGCGAGCCGGGGUUGCGCAAGCCCAGCGUUGCGGCCGACACCUCUUCGUUCGAGCUCCAACGCCAAGAGAGCGUAGAGAGCACGGAUAGCCUGGCGCCAGGCGAGCCGGGGUUGCGCAAGCGUAAGUCUACUGCUAGCAGCAUCAGCAGCAUCAUCACCGGCAAAGGGAAGAAGAGCAAGGGCAAGACCGGACCCAAGUGGCACACGAGCCAGAACCCUUUGUUCAAGUCGGCCAAGGGCGAGGGCGAACAAGAGGUGGUGCCCUUCUACGUGUGGGGCUACGAGACGGUCCUCAACUUCCUGUGGCCGCCCUUCAACUACUUCCGUAUCCACUUCCUGUGGAUCUGGUUCCUCUCCAUCUUCGGAGGGAUUCUUGUGUAUGUGUCGCAGCUUGGGCUGUCCAGCGAGAUGACCUUCCUCGACUCCCUGUUCCAUGCCGUGUCCGCUUGUACGCAGACUGGGCUCUUCCCGACCAAUUUCUCGCAGUUCAGUCGGCUGGGCCAGGUGAUCAUCGGGGCGCUCAUCUUCCUGGGGAAUGGCGUGCUUCUCACCACGGCGCCGCUGGUGGUGAUUAUUCCCCUCUACUACUGCGUGUUGGUCGGGUCCGGGUGGAUCAUCAUGAGCGCGCACAUGGCCGGCGACCCCGCUGCUCGCGACAUCAUCGACAGAAACGAUAACAACGCCGCCUGGUGGGGUCUGUUUCAUGCCAUCUCGGGGUUUGGCAACUGCGGCUACUCGACCUUUGGGGACAACAUGGUGCAGUGGCAGAGAUACCCGCUGCCGUUGAUCGUGAUGUCGCUCCUCAUCUUCACCGGCAACACGGCUUUCCCGCUGCUCCUGCGCGGCAUCAUCGUAGCGCUCUACCACAUGCCGUUCCUCAAGCGAUGGAAGCAUGUGUACCGCUACAUGUUGGACAACCCUCGUCGGUGCUUCACCCACUUGUUCCCGUCGUCUGAGACCAAGUGGCUGUUGUUGGUGCUUCUGUCUCUGAAUUCGAUCGAGUUCCUGUUCGAAAUCAUGCUGGAUUGGGAUAGCUCGGCCUACGACAAUCUCAACUCAGGACAAAAGUUGGUGAACAUGUACUUUCAGAGCGUUGCCAUCCGCACGUCGGGCUUCAAUUCCGUCGAUAUCACCAAGCUCUCAGUGGCCAACCUGUGGCUCUUCACAGGCAUGAUGUACAUCGCCGCCUCGCCUGUAGCCAUCACGCUGCGGUACACCAGCAGGGCCAACGACAGCCUCGUGACGACGGGUCGAACUGCCAAGACCACCAACACGGUUGGCUCGCAGGCCCAGACCAUAUUCAUGCGCCACUUCAUCUUCCUCUUCAUCGGGGUGCUGUUCAUCUGCAUGAUCGAGGAGGUGCCGCUCAUGAACGAUCCCAACUGGUCCAUCUUCAAGAUCAUCUUCGAGGUCGUCUCUGGCUACGGUACGGUGGGGCUGACGCUGGGCUACGGCUCGCUGCCGUACUCGUUCUGCGGUGUGUGGAAGGACGGAUCCAAGAUGGUGCUCCUCUUCAUCAUGAUCCUCGGCAAGCACAGGAAUCUUCCGGAGUCGGUCGAUUCGGCCGUGUCGGUGCCCUCCUACAUGUCCAACGAUGACGACGACGACUCGUUGAGCGACAUCGAGGUGUUGAGCGAUGACGAUGACGAUGAGGUGGUGUCGCUGGAGGAGCUCGACAACCCGGGCAGCAGCGAGGACGAUAAGAAGCACAAGCGGAUCCGGGGCGCUGGUGUGAAACACACCUCGACCACGACCGACACCGAAGGCGACGAGACCCAGCCCGGCGUCCUCUCCACCGAUACCGAAGGCGACGCCGGCGGCCGCUAA